CAACAUGUGUAUGACCCUGACCCCGAGCCAUGCACGAUUGUGCAUUGUCUAGGAUUUCACUCUCUUGCAAGCAAUUUUCGUUGCUCCUGUUUAGUAUGGAGCCGAAGCCAAAGCCGAAGCAUGAUUUUUAUGUAGUGAUCCUCGAGGGGAUCCUCCGGAGGGCGAGGAGAUUAAAUCCUACCUCCACUGACUUAUCGCCAGGGCUACCGACGGGACUACCAUGUGUCCGUACUUCUUCGCUAGGGACGACACUCACGACACCAGAAAUAAGACGUAGUCCUUAUGAUGUUCGUAUUGAGGAUUUUGCGGAUUUUGAGGUUGAUGAUAAUUCGGACGAUGAUGAUGGAUGAUGCACUAUGGACUCUACAUAAAAAGCUUUUGUGGUGAAGGUAUCAGAUGGAGUUUUGGAUGAGACAACUCCUUUAUGUGUUUAUAUAUAUCGUCAUGCUUAUUUAUUUUCUUUAUAGGGAAUGUAGGCAUAACAAUGAUUUGGAUAUGUCUAUGAAGGACCCAACGGUAUGUACUUGUAUGGGUCAUGUUUAAGCAAAUUGCGAUGGAUGGUUUUAUUCGUUAUUUGUGUAUAAUAUAUCCGGUUGAACCAGA